GCCCACGCACGCAGCCUCUGGCGCGAUGUCACUGCCCGUGGUCCGGCUGGUUUGGCUCGGGAGAGUGCACUACUCGGAGCUGCUGGCGUUGCAGGAGCAUUGGCUACGGCGGCUACAGGCCGAUCCUCGCCCUGGGACCCUGUCGGGGACCAAGGCGGGCGUGCUCUUGGUCUGCGAGCCAGCGGGGCCCGUAUACACCGGCGGGCUACGCGGCGGCCUGACACCCGAGGAGACUACGAGACUGAGGGCCUUGGGCGCCGAGGUGCACGCUACCGGCCGCGGCGGCCUGGCUACUUUCCACGGCCCGGGCCAGCUGCUCUGCCACCCGGUGCUUGACCUGCGGCUCCUAGGCCUGCGCCUGCGCACCCACUUGGCGGCGCUGGAGGCGUGCGCCGUGCGUCUGUGCGAGCUCCGGGGUCUGCGGGGCGCCCGCGCGCGGCCGCCGCCCUACACUGGCGUCUGGUUAGGCGAGCGCAAAAUCUGCGCGAUCGGAGUCCGCUGUGGAAGACACAUCACAUCCCAUGGCUUGGCUCUGAACUGUUCUACCGACCUCACGUGGUUUGAGCACAUUGUGCCUUGUGGACUAGUUGGGACUGGAGUCACUUCCCUGAGUGAGGCACUUCAGAGACUUGUCACUGUGGAUGAAGUAAUGCCAUCUUUCCUUGUGGCCUUCAAGGAGACUUUCAAGUGCACAUUAGUAUCUGAGGACAGCCCCAGCUGAAGGACACUCAUUCACCUUAGCCUGGGGAUGAUUGUUCUGCAAUAGAAAGCUCCUAGUCUGACUGAGCCCCAGAACUACUCUGUGAUUUGUCUGACCAUGACCUAGGACAGAUUCUGAGCUAUUGCUUCUUAUAUCUCCUCACCUACCUCAGGGGUCAUUAUGAAAAUACUAUAAAAAGUCACAAGCUACAUAAAGCAUCCCUGUGACCAUUAACACCUGUUAACAGAGACUCUCGAGUGUUAUUAUAAACCGACAUUUCCUAAUUACUUGCUACUUUUCCAGUACUGUAUCUAACAGCAAUUUUGGUCUUUAGGUCUUUUGAGUUCUGUGGUAACCGAAUCUCUGUGAGGUCCAGUGAAGUGAUAAAGUUACUUCGCUCUCAAAAGACCUGAGUCUUUCUUCAAUAAAGGGGAAAACCUCUUCAAAAAAUAAAAAUAUUUUUGCCUUUUUGGGUUGAA